AUGAUCCUUAUGGUCCAAAUCCUAGCCUUCAGCCUGGCUCUGCUCUCUACUCUCUUCCUCAUAGUAGCGACCUGGACAGAUUGCUGGAUGGUGAACUCAGAUGACAGUUUAGAGGUCAGUCAGAAGUGCCGGGGUCUGUGGUGGGAAUGUGUUACCAAUAACGUGGAUGGGAUCAGGACUUGUGACCAAUAUGACUCCAUAUUAGCCGAACAUCCAUUUAAGAUCGUGCUGACACGUGCUCUGAUGAUCACCUCUGAUAUCCUGACGGGCUUCGGGUUGAUUGUCCUGAUCCUGGGUUUGGAAUGUGUGAAGAUCCUGAAAGACGAACCUCAGGUUAAGCUGAGGAUCUGUUACGUGGCCGGGUUCAUCCUCGGAAUGGGGGGAGUGCUGGGGAUGGUGGGCUCAGUGUGGUAUGCAGUAGAUGUGUAUGUGGAGAGAGUCACACUGCUGUUUCACAAUAUCUUCUUAGGAAUUCACUAUGAGUUUGGCUGGUCCUGUUGGUUGGGAAUGGUGGGCUCCACGGGCUGUUUCCUGGCUUCUGUCCUUCUCACCUGUUGUAUUUGCCUCUUCAGAGAUCCAAGGAGCAACAGACAUGAGCUAUCUUUCCAUCAGAACACAAGAACACACACUGGGAAGAUGUACGCUAUGGAUUCCAGGGUCUAAACAGCUUCCCGACAUAU